AUGAACUCUUCCAAGGUUAAUGAGGUUAUAUUGAGUGCUAUUUACAGCGGGGCUUCUACUACACCUGGUUUUGGGGUAAAUCAAAGUUUGGAGGGCUUUAGAAAUGUUGAUAUACUGGGAUGCGUACCCGCCAUUAUUAAAUGCGCGUUCGUCUGCCAGAUGGCGCCAUCCUGCACCAACUUCAACUACAAGUCAGAAGUUCAGAUGUGUGAACUGUUCACCAAGCCCGCCUUCAAGUUGUCGAGUCAACUGAAUUGUACUAGCUACCAAGACAUCCGUAGUAAUGACAACAAUAACACAAACACGGUAAACCAAACCAACCUCUCACUAAUGAAACCAACCUGCCAAAGCUCCAUGUACGUCACGACGUUGAGUUUUUCUGGCUACUCGUGGCUGGCUGUCGAUGGCGUAGCGGCUUCAAACGCAGCCGGAGGACAGUGUAGCCACACCACAAAUGAGACUCCUCCAAAAAUUACGGCCUGGUGGAUGGUGGAUCUUCUGGGGAUUUUCACGGUUGUGUACGUCAGGGUUUUUGCCAGAAUUGAUUACAUCGAACGUUACACAAACUUGACCGUUGGGCUGACAAACAUCUCCUGGUCAGUUCAGCGUCCAGUUAGAAACAUGUACGGCCUCUGCGGCUAUUUCGAUGAAAAACUGACGACUGGUGGUGUUUGGUUUAGAAUAAACUGUACUAACAGCAACAACAACGGACCAUCGUCAUCAUCUCUACCACUAACAGCAAGAUACAUCAUAAUACAGCACAGUGAGCAAGUUAAAAACAAUCAGCUGGCUCUCUGCGAGGUACAAGUGAUUGCCAUUCCAUGCAGUGACUUUAAACCUGUUGUUGGGGUCCUAACUGGUGGGGUCCGUCAGCGGGGUUUUCAUUUUUCAAGGUUGAAUUUAGUUGAUUUGAAUACUGAAAAGAUACCGAAAUGUCUUUUAAGGUCUAGCAAGAUUUUCCAAAUACAGAAAGCAGAAACAAAUUUAAGAAAUCAAAAUGAUUGA